AUGGGUCACGGGAGUUCCAAAGACUCCUCCUCCUCCUCCUCCUCCGAGGAAGGGGAAAGAUCCUCGCGGUUGUCUGCCUUGGCGAACAAGCUUCACAUCCACGGUGACCGCGGCAGUCGCUGUCGCCGCAUCCGCAGUCGCCUGUUUCGCCGCUCCAGUACAAAGAACGACUCCAGCUCCUCCGCCGGUCACGGGCUAAACAGAAACAAGCUCGCCUCUGAUGAGGAUUUUGCCGGAAUCGCGCUUCUUACGCUCAUCAGUGCGGAGAUGAAAUUCAAAGACAAGUGGCUUGCUUGCGUUUCCUUGGGCGAGCAGACUUUCCGAACAGAGGUUUCCGAUCAGACUGAUACACCUGUAUGGAACUCGGAGAAAAAGCUUCUUCUGGAGAAAAAUGGAUCUCAUAUCGUCAGGAUUUCUGUUUUUGAGACUAACAGACUAUCGAAAAACAGUCUAAUAGGAUACUGUGAGAUCGAUCUACUGGAAUUUUUAAUUGAGGAUUUUGAUUCAGGUGCUGAAGUUUUUGACCUUCUUGAUCCGUCUUCAUCUGACAUUGUCGUUGGGAAAAUAUCUCUUUCUUGUAAUGUUGAGGAUCCAAUUGAGACUGAGAAAAAUUUUGCACGGCGCAUCUUGUCCAUUGUGGACUACAAUGAAGAUGGGUUGCUUUCAUUUCCAGAAUUUUCAGACUUAAUAAAGGCGUUUGGAAAUAAGGUGGCAGAUGACAAGAAAGAGGAGCUUUUCAAAGCUGCAGACAAGAACCAGGAUGGCGUUGUGAGCUUAGAUGAGUUGGCUGAUCUUCUUGCAAGUCAACAAGAAAAGAAGCCUUUAAUAAAUUGCUGUCCUGUUUGUGGCGAAAUUCUUGAAGUUUCUGACAAGCUGAACACAGUAGUACAUUUGAGUCUUUGUUUCGAUGAAGGAACUGGAAAUCAAAUUAUGACGGGAGGAUUUUUGACCGAUAAGCAAGCUUCAUAUGGAUGGAUGUUCAAACUAAGCGAAUGGGCUCACUACUCAACAUAUGAUAUCGGUUUGAACUCAGGUUCAAGUGCUUCUCAUAUUGUGGUGUUUGAUCGGAAGUCAAAGAGGCUCGUGGAGGAGUUAAUUGAUGGGAAGAUAGUUAUGUCAAUGAGAGCAAUUUACCAGUCAAAGAUAGGACUGCACUUAAUGGAUAAAGGGGCUAAAGAAAUUUUGCACAGCAUCUCUGAGAAGCAAGGAAGGAAAAUGAACUCAGUUGAAUCAGCUAAAGAAAUACCGAAGUUCCUUGAAUUUUUUAAGGAUCAAAUCAAUUUGGCUGAAGUUAAGCACCCUCUGGAUCAUUUUAAGACAUUUAACGAGUUCUUCAUAAGAGAGUUAAAGCCUAGUGCAAGACCAGUCGCCAUGGUGGAUCGCGAUGAUGUGGCCGUAUGUGCAGCUGAUAGUCGUCUAGUGGCAUUCAGAUCCGAGGAAGACUCGAAAAGAUUCUGGAUAAAGGGCAAGAAAUUCUCUAUCGGUGGCCUCCUGGGAAAUGAUCCAAGCUGUAGCAAUUUCAAGGAUGGAAUUGUGGUUAUAUUUCGGUUGGCACCUCAGGAUUAUCACAGAUUCCAUUUUCCGGUUUCUGGAACCAUUGAGCAGUUUAAGGACGUUUCGGGAUGUUUGUACACGGUGAACCCGAUUGCUGUGAAUAGCAAGUAUUGCAAUGUCUUCACAGAAAAUAAGCGAGUUGUAUCAAUUAUUUCUACUGUCAGCUUCGGAAAGGUUGCAUUUGUUGCGAUUGGAGCAACCAUGGUAGGUAGCAUAGCAUUCGUGAAGAAGACUGGCGAUUAUGUGAACAAGGGGGAUCAGUUUGGUUAUUUUUCCUUCGGUGGAAGCACGGUCAUUUGCGUCUUUGAAAAGGAUUCGAUCCAGAUUGAUGAAGACCUCCUGGCAAAUAGUGCAAGGUCGCUAGAAACCUUGGUUCAAGUUGGAACGACACUGGGUAUUGCCACAAAGGUUUGA